AUGAGUUAUGAAUUAGAGUUUGUUAUGCUUAAACCAGGUGUGCUUGAAAAAAGAAUAGUUGGACAGAUUGUGCAACGUUUCGAGCAGAGAGGUUUGGAACUGAAGGCAAUACGUGUAUGUAUGCUACGUCCCUUGCAGCUAGAAAGCUUAUAUAGAGAGCAUAAAGACAAGGUAUUCUAUAACUCCUUAGUACAAUACAUGGGCUCUUCAAAAGUUAUGCUUAUGGUAUGGGGUGGCUUGCAAGCUGUUGCUGUAACGAGGGCAUUGGUAGGAGCAACUGAUCCCCUACAAGCUACCCCGGGUUCUAUUCGAGGAGAUUUUGCACUAGGGAUGCCAGAAAAUAUUGUACACGCAUCAGACUCGGUGCAGAGUGCUACGCGCGAAAUAAAGCUAUUUUUCAAAGCUUCUGAGUUCUUAUAA